AUGCCAGCAACGGCGGCAUCCCGGAGAGGGAACAAGAUGGUGUCGUGGUGCGACCUGCAGAUGCAGCGAUGCAUGCUCGUGUUCGACAUCUCAGGCUAUAGCCUACUCAAGGGGCUGGACGCUGGCAAGUUCAUCCGGUCCUCCACCUUCUCUGUCGGCGGCCAUGACUGGUGCAUCCGGUUCUUUCCUAACGAAGGAGCCACUCAAGAAGGCAAAGGAUACUGCGUCGUCUAUCUUGAGAUGAUGAGUAAGACUACAUAUGUGAUGGCACGCUUCGACUUGAGGUUGCUCGACCAAACCACUAGGCUUUCCAAGGUUUUCGUAAAUGUGAAGGAGCCGAUGGUGUACAAAUAUGCAAAUUCGACAUGGGGCAAUCAAAAGUUUAAGAAGAGCAACGAGCUGGAGAUGUCACCAUACCUGAAGGAUGACCGUCUGGUGAUUGAGUGCGACAUCACUGUUGUGUUGGGGCUGCCAGUGUCCGCAUCCGAUACAAUGUGCGAGAUCGAGGUCCCGUCCUCAGACUUGCCGGAUGAUCUUGGAAAGUUGUUGGAGUCUGAGAAGAGGGCCGAUGUGACAUUCAAGGUUGAAGGAGAGGUUUUCCAUGCCCAUAAGUUUGUUCUCGCAAUGCGGUCGCCGGUCUUCGAGGUGGAGCUCUAUGGGCCAAUGAGGGACAACAGAAGGCGAAAUAUAAUAGUAGAUGAUAUGCAGCCUGGUGUUUUCGAGGCCUUGCUUCACUUCAUCUACACAGAUUUGCCUGCCAUGGAUGAUGUUGCUGUUGAGGAGAACAAUUAA